AUGGCGAAUACAAACGCCGCCUCAAACGCCGACGAGCCACGGCGAGAAAUCAUCCCACCGCCGAUACCGUCGCCGUCAUGGUUUUCCCCACUGCCGAUCGAAAUCGUCUUGAAAAUCUUAGCCUACGUCCCGAAACGCUAUUACCCAACGCUCUCUUGCGUCUGCAAGAACUUCCGUUACCUCGUUCGUUCGCCGGAGAUUCACAGGAUUCGUUCUCUCCUCCGCAAAGAUUCGCUCUACAUCUGCUUCUACGACGAAACCAGUCGCCCAAAGAUCCGAAAGUGGUUUACUUCACAUACCCGAAAGUGGUUUACUUUCCACAUGGGUGAGAAUAAUCCGACUGAGAAUCACUUCCUCGUCUCCGUCGAUCUUGGGUUUCCUUAUCAUGACGAGUUUAGCCCUUCCACCAUCGCAAUUGGUCCGGAGAUUUUCUUUAUCUGCGGAUCAUACAUUCCCUUAUCAACCUUGUGGAUCUUUGAUUCCCGAUCUGGUGUAUUACGCCAAGGACCCAGUAUGAUAGUAAAUCGAAGGUUCAAAGACGUGGGUUUAGUGGGUAGUAAGAUAUAUGUGGUCGGAGGCUAUGGAGACGAUGAUGUUAUUGAAGCGGAAUCAUUUGACCUAAAGACACAAACUUGGGAACCAGCGCCGAUUCCUGAGGAAAGUGUGUGGGGUUCGUCUGCUACUGUUUCAUUAGAGAGGAAGCUUUGUGCGUUAACGAUUACUAACGACAUCGUUCAUUGCUACGAUUCUAGAGAUGGUUCUUGUGAGAGUUUUGAGGUGCCUAACGAUGAAUGGUGGAGAACGGGUGUGUGUGUGAUUGAAAAUGUUCUCUACGUUUACUACGCUAGAUUUGGGUUGAUGUGGUAUGACUCUAAGCUGAUGCUAUGGAGAGUGGUUUUUGGUUUGAGGAAUCUCAACAAGGUUCGAUCCGUUGGAAUGGCUGAAUGCUAUGGAAAGAUGGCGUUUUUGUGGGAAGAAUCGAGGGAUGUUAGUAGUGAAACCAAGGAGAUUUGGUGUAGACUGAUUGCUUUGAAUAGGAGUGAAGCAGGGAUCCGUGGGACUGCAGGAGCGUCUAAACUUCUGGGGAAUGUUCCUCGCGGCUACAGACUGGAGCAUUGUCUAUCUCUUUCAGAUUAG